GUGGGCUGGGGCUGGGAGGAGCUCUGGGUAUGCUAUCAGAUGAUCAGAUUGCCCACUAAGGGGGUGUCUGCCCUAGCAGAGCCCCGGGGGCAGCAGCUGGGCAGGAUGUUCCCCUGGCCAAGGAUGAAGAGGGGCCCCAAAGAGUGUCUUGCUUGUGUCUCACUGCUGUUCUUUGUUUCCGUGUGCCCCUGCGGUCAUGGUGAUGGCUCCCCGGCUUCUCCCGGCUUCUCCCGGACGGGCUGCACGACCCCACCGGCUGCUGCUGGCAACAUCAUGACAACAGAGAAGAGUUUAGUGGCUGAAGCUGAAAAUUCACAGCACCAACAACAGAAGGAAGAAGGUGAGGGAGCCACAAAUUCAGGCCAACAAGAAACUCAGCUGGAAGAGGCUUCUCAAGAGGCAGCUGAGGGAGAUAAUCAGUGUGAGCAGAAGCUGAAAACAUCUAAUGGAGAUACUCCUACACAUGAAGACUUAACCAGGAACAAGGAGCGGACAUCAGAAAAUAGGGGCCUGUCACGGCUGUUCUCCUCAUUUCUCAAAAGGCCAAAGUCGCAGGUUUCUGAGGAAGAAGGCAAAGACGUAGAGUCAGCUAAAGAGAAAUGUGAAGGAGGUCAGAAAGAGAUAGAAUUUGGAACCAGUCUUGAGGAAGAGAUCAUUUUAAAAGCCCCAAUUGCAGCUCCUGAACCUGAACUCAAAACAGACCCAUCCUUGGAUCUACAUUCAUUAAGCAGUGCAGAAACACAGCCUGCUCAGGAAGAACACAGAGAAGAUCCAGACUUUGAAACUAAGGAAGGGGGAGGCCUUGAAGACUGCUCUAAGAUAGAAGUAAAAGAAGAAAGUCCUGACUCCAAAGCAGAAAGAGAAUUAAAAGCUUCCCAGAAAUCAAUCAGAAGACACAGAAACAUGCAUUGCAAGGUUUCUUUGUUGGAUGACACCGUUUAUGAAUGUGUUGUGGAGAAACAUGCUAAGGGACAAGAUUUGCUUAAACGAGUGUGUGAGCACCUCAAUCUUUUGGAAGAGGACUACUUUGGUCUAGCCAUUUGGGAUAAUGCAGCCUCUAAGACAUGGCUGGAUUCUGCCAAAGAAAUAAAAAAGCAAGUUCGUGGUGUCCCCUGGAAUUUCACAUUUAAUGUAAAGUUUUAUCCACCUGACCCAGCACAGUUAACAGAAGAUAUAACAAGAUACUAUUUAUGCCUUCAGCUUCGACAGGACAUAGUUACAGGACGUCUGCCCUGUUCCUUUGCAACCUUAGCAUUAUUAGGUUCUUACACCAUCCAGUCCGAGCUGGGAGACUAUGACCCAGAACUUCAUGGUGCCGAUUAUGUUAGUGAUUUUAAACUGGCCCCAAAUCAGACCAAGGAACUUGAAGAGAAGGUCAUGGAACUGCAUAAGUCAUACAGGUCCAUGACUCCAGCUCAAGCUGACCUGGAAUUUCUUGAGAAUGCCAAAAAGUUGUCUAUGUAUGGUGUUGACCUUCAUAAAGCAAAGGACUUGGAAGGAGUGGAUAUCAUCCUAGGUGUCUGUUCUAGUGGCCUUCUGGUUUAUAAAGAUAAGCUGAGAAUUAACCGCUUUCCUUGGCCCAAAGUGCUGAAGAUUUCUUACAAACGUAGCAGCUUUUUCAUCAAGAUCCGUCCUGGAGAGCAAGAACAAUAUGAGAGUACCAUUGGAUUCAAACUUCCCAGUUACCGAGCAGCUAAGAAAUUAUGGAAAGUCUGUGUAGAGCAUCACACGUUUUUCAGACUGACAUCUACAGACACCCUUCCUAAAAGCAAAUUUCUUGCACUGGGAUCCAAAUUUAGAUACAGUGGCCGGACUCAGGCGCAGACCAGGCAAGCUAGUGCCCUGAUUGACAGGCCUGCCCCGCACUUCGAGCGUACAGCAAGCAAACGGGCAUCCCGGAGCCUUGAUGGAGCAGCAGCUGUUGAUUCAGACCGAAGUCCCCGGCCCACCUCUGCACCAGCCAUUGCUCAGAGUCAGGACACAGAGGUUUCUAAAGCACAGAAGGAAACAGUGAAGGUUGAAGAGCAAAAGGAAGAAGUGCCGCCUGAGCAAGCUGAGCCAGAGCCCACAGAGGCGUGGAAGGUGGAAAAAACCCACAUCGAGGUCACAGUACCCACCUCAAAUGGUGACCAAACACAGCUUGCAGAAAAAACUGAAGAUCUGAUAAGAAUGAGGAAGAAAAAGAGAGAGAGACUAGAUGGUGAAAACAUUUAUAUCAGACAUAGCAAUUUAAUGUUGGAGGAUUUAGACAAAAGUCAAGAAGAGAUAAAAAAACAUCAUGCCAGCAUCAGUGAGCUGAAAAAGAACUUCAUGGAAUCUGUACCAGAACCACGGCCUAGUGAAUGGGAUAAACGCUUAUCUACUCACUCCCCAUUCCGAACACUUAACAUCAAUGGGCAGCUUCCCACAGGAGAAGGAGUGAAGAAAACCUCUGUCCUUCCCUCGGAAAGAAAGGUUGGUGGGCCAGAGAAUAUAAAUGGCAUUCGAACAGAGGAGGUGGCUGCCGUGACAAAGGGGCCAUCUACCAACCCUGACUCUGAAUGGGAUGGUCCCAAGCACUCAGUAAUUCCUAGUAAGAGCCAAAUGACCACCCCGUCGGAGUCUCCACAAAGCUUUGAGUUUGGCUCCCUUUCCAUAAGCAGCAAGGAGACAGAAGAGAAGGAGCAGGGGGCAGCUGGCUAUCUUGAUGUUAAGGAAAUGCCAAGAGGCUUCAGUGGGGAAUGUAUAGGAGUGGAGGAACAGGCCAGUGCCUUAAAGUUCUCAGUAUCACCAGCUUCCUCUCAGCUGCAACUUGGUGAAAAAAAGGCAGAGAGUAGUGAAGAACAUGUUACACCAGGAGAGCCACUUGGAAAGCAAAAUGGAUCAUUUCAUGACUCUCGUGUGGGUAACCAGUUCCCCACCCUCAUUCGAAGUUUCCAGCCUCCGCUGGUGAAGACUCAGACCGUCACCAUCUCAGAUACUGCCAAUGCUGUGAAAAGUGAAAUCCCAACCAAAGAUGUCCCUAUUGUUCACACUGAGACCAAGACCAUCACUUAUGAGGCUGCCCAGACCGACGACAGCAAUGGGGACUUGGACCCAGGAGUCUUGCUGACAGCUCAGACCAUCACAUCUGAGACCACAAGCAGCACAACCACAACUCAGAUUACCAAGACUGUAAAAGGUGGGAUUUCAGAGACCCGGAUUGAGAAGAGAAUUGUGAUCACAGGAGAUGCCGAUAUUGACCAUGAUCAGGUCCUUGUACAGGCCAUCAAGGAGGCAAAGGAGCAGCACCCAGACAUGUCAGUGACCAAGGUGGUCGUCCAUCAGGAGACUGAAAUCUCUGAGGAAUGACCUCAGGAACUAUCCUACCCCAACUCCCUGCCUGUCUCCCACCCAAGAGAAAACCAGCAAAAUGAUAAAGAAGCUUACCUGCAAUAGUCAAGACAUCAGGCUUUCACAAUUACUCUAAACCACCAGAAAAUUAAUUUCGUUUUCUAUUUGGAGUUUAUACUGAGAGAGUCUUCUAGACAUUGCUGAUUCUUUUAAUACCUUUUUCUAUAUUGUGAUACCAGAAAUUGUUCAACUUUUCACUCUAUGGACUGUUUUUAAAGAGCUUUUUGUUUUUUUAUGCGGUGGUUUGUAACCCCUUCAACCUAGCCUCUCCCCAUUUAUUUCCAACCCAGAUACUGACAGGUCUACAGAAUUCUUGAGGAAAUCCUCCAGAGACUCUGUCAGCUGUGUUGGGGGCCAAAGCCAGCUUAAUGGGGCGUCCCUGCUCCUCCCCUAGUUUUAUACCCUUUCGACGUCAGCAGAAACUUCAUGAACCAGCCCUUUCUCAGAGCCAACGAUGUGACUUUACCAUGUGAGGCAGGGCACCUGUCCUGAUCCGCAGACCCCAGGGAGACAUCCCUGCCCUUCUGUUGAGGGUGGUUUUGGUGAGGCAGAGAUCUCUGCUAAGAAUGUAGUAUUGUUUUUCCUUCUUUCCUCCUGUUCGUUCUUUUUGGAGCUUCUUUAGAUCAAAGACGUGAGAAGUUGUUUCAGAUAUAUCUGAUACUGUGAAUGUUUGAACUGAACAAAUCUGUGGCCUUCACCUUCCUGCCCUCCUUCCCCUUUUACCUCAUCAGAAGCAGUGGCUCUGCUAAGUUCUCCCCCCACUUCCCAUCUCAGGAGACCAAAACUCACACAAAAAUAGGCACUUUUGGCUAAAAGCUCUAAUGGCACAUUUUUUGUAGUGAUUUGGGCAAGGAAAGUUGAUGAAGUUAAAAAAAAAAAAGAGGUUUUCUAGUUCUGGGAAUGUGCACUUCACACAGGGGAAUGGCUGAGUUUACCUCAGUCAGAUCCCGCUAAAAAGUAUUUCCAGGUGACCGACCCUGGGCCUUUUUCUUUAAUCGUGGGAUGACCAGAAAUGUGACUCGGAGAGGAGGCUGUGUUCCUUGACCUUUCUUCUCCUGACCAGUACCUGCCUGCAGACACCCUUCUGGAGCAAGAGAAUUGACUUUUAGGGGCCAUCCUUCCCACAAAACCCCACGUGACAGGGAGCACAAACACCAGCUCUGCUCAUUCCCACUCACCAUCUGAGGUCUGUCGGGUGUUGUAGGCUUGAUUUUUGUGGUGGUUGUGGGUUUAUUUUACUUCUAAUUUUUUUUUUUUUUUUGCUUGGUUUUGAAAAUGGGACUGACUGAUGAGCCCAAUUCCACCAUUCUUGGUAGAUCUGGGGGCAUUUUUAUUCAGUAGUGCUUCUCUAAUCUUCCAGCUGGCUUCCCACAAACACAUCUGCCUGGAAGUUCUUAGAAUCGUAUGGUGGGACAGAGGUGGACUUCAUGAGAAUAGACGGCAGGUCACAUUCAGCAGUCUCUGGGGGCUCAAGAGCCGUGAGCGAGAGAGAAAACUCUAAAACCUCUGCUCCCCACAGUGGGAGCCAGCCACAUGUGUCCAAAGACUGGCUGAGUCUUGUUUUAGACAAACUCAGUUGGUUUGAACUGAUUUCAGAUGUGUGCAUUUUGUGCAUUUUUCGUUUAGUACUUCUGUGAGCCUGCUACUAACCAUGAGGCAGCUCUCUCUGGAGAGGGACAGGAAGAGCUCAGGUGGGGCGCGAGACAGGCCUGGGGGAAAGGAUCAUCCUGUCUCAGGAGCAGACUUCUGGCCUGUGGGCAUAGGGUCGGAAAUGGUGGGGCUUGCUUGUUGGUGCCUAAGCCUGGGCCGUGCUGCCAGGAGUGGUAAUGAGGUUGGGAAUCCAGCUCACAUCAAACAGCGUGUGACAGGAGCUUGCUUUCCAGUGGUUGUCCUGCUCAAAGAGCUACCAGCUCCCAAAGCGGACAGCUGUGGAAUGAAGAGGGUGGGGGUGAGGAAGCGGGCCCAGCGUGAGCGUCACAAACCGGGCCCCCUGAGUUCUUGCUGUCCACACCGCUGACGGGGGCCUGCACGCCCCCUCGACUCUGUCACCAGCUCACUGUGCUUGUCUCUGCUUCCUUCACUCUAAGUUGGGCCAGAAGAUCUCAAAUGCCCUUCCAGCGCUGAGAAGCCACAGAUUUGGACAAGCUAGGAAGAGGGUGUCCUUCCAAGACUCUUCCCCUGUCCUCCCGCUCUGGGAACAGAUGUGGGGGUUUGACAACUGUUUGGAUUUUUUUUUCUUCCUGCAGUUGUGUGUGCAUUUGUGUGUGUGUGUGUGUGUGUGUGUGUGUGUGAAGAAAAACAGAUUCUGUCCAGGUGGAAAUGGUGAAGAGGGGAGGAGAGAGCUUCAUUUCCAGGGUCAGAGACUUGGCAGCCGUUUUCCUGAAGUGACUCAGACACACCACAGUGACAACUCUCACUGCAAUUUUAUUUUUAUUUCACUUGAGAAGACUUCCUCCAAGCCACACGAGGUCUCUGCCACCCACCCACCCGCCCGCCCACCCGCCAAGCAGGACCUAAAAAGCCAAGGGCCCACAGAACCUGGGUGCAGGGACCUCUCGGAGCCUCCGCGCCUGCCUGCCCAGGCCCACCCAUCGCAUGUUCUGCAGGCAGCUGAGGGGGAGGGGCCCCAGCCGCCCUGGGAAGUAGAACCAGAGCUAAGGCCUGACUGACACCAAGGAAUGCUCCUGGGAAAGAUCUGCCCAGGAUCUCAGCCCCAGGCUGGUGGUUUUUACAAAUCUUUCUGAAAUGUAUUAUUUUGGUGACAAAAAUGAAGGAGCUUUGUAAAUUUUUUUAAAAUUAUGAAUCAUGUCAAGUAGUUGUUUACAUUUCUUGACAAAAUAGAACUAUGGCAGCAGAAUCAAAUUGGCAAGAUCCUUAGAUUAAAAAGGCAAUAAUUAGGUCUGCUGUUUUGGCCUUUUGUAGUAAGAGAAGUGGUGUAGUGUUUAGAUACGUGUUUGGUCUUGCUUCUUGUAUUGCAUUUUUCAAUAAACUAAAAAAAACAAAAACAAAAA